AGCUGUUGAGAAUGAUCUUCAAAUUAACAUUACGACGUUGGCUCUUAUUGUGACUUUUGAGAUUUCCUCUGCUUUUGAACAUCGCAUACUUGGAUUUAAUAUGUCUUUCCGGGUACCAAAAAAUUCUCCACAGACGGCCAGAUCAAGCAAACGUUUAACAGGGAAGAGUGCAUUUGACCAGGAGAAACAACAAUAUUACAGCUCCCUUGGUAUCUCAAACCCAUUCCCACCGCGGACAAGGGAGCAGCAAAGUAGACAUGACGGACACAUUGCCUUCACGUUGCCUCCCCUUACCUCCUCUCUUAGAAUAACAUCGUGCCAUAAUCAUGCAGAAAAAAGAAGGGUAUCCAUCGCAACAGUUCCCCAAGAACCAGAAGGUGUUCUGAAGAAACACUCGACUGAAACUAAACAGAUGCUGCAAGAACUCGACAAAGAGGUAGGAGAGACCGAGUCGACAGAGCAAACAAUAACGGAGUUACCAGAUAGGACACCGGAACCGGAAAUACUGCAUGUCUUUCCUGAGUUGCGCAAUGGAGCCGCCUCCAAACCAGAGCGUGUACGUCGUCAUUCAUCGUACGAGCCUCGUUACUGCUGGUGCACGCGGUGUCAGAUCAUGUACAGAAUGUACAAAGAAAACGACCACAGCUUGGAAGGAUGGGGUAAAUAUCCUUGUUUCCACUUGUGAAAAAUGCAUGAAUGGGCGUUACAACGCAAGUCAAAUUUCCAAAAUUUAGAAUUCAAGGCCGACAACUGUCUUAGGAGAAAAAAAAAAUAGAUGUGCAUUGAUAAAUAAUCAAUAUACGUGUAGAGAAAUGACAGUUUAAAAAAUAUUAAAUUCAUAAAAGAAGAGAAAUGCAAUCCUAGAAUUGGAAUUUAAAAGUCAACAAAUCCACGUAAAAUCACCGUUUAAAAUUUUCGUUGUGUAUAAUAUUUGCGAAAGAUAAAGAAAAUCUCAAAAAGUUUCGAUCUCAUAACUAACGAUCAAAAAUAUAGGGUUAACAUGAUUGUACUUGGCUGUUACUUAGCAAGGUUGUGAAAGUUCAUAUAAUGUACACAAUGUAUGAAAUCAAUUAUUGUUUAUUCAGUGGUUUCUAAGGAAAACGUACUACAUUGUAGACAGAGAGGAUUUUUGCAUAAAACUUUGCGCUGUGUAAAAUUGAAUCCUACAUUUCAUAGAUUGUUAUUACAAAUUUAUUUAAUAAAUAGGUUCUAUUCUGAUUGCCCUAUUAAAGCAAGAGAUUUAUUAUGCCAUAUACGCCCUCUUUUUAUUAAUUAUAUGAUAUAUAGUUUAAUUCAUAGCUGUGCUUUCAUCAAAUGAAUAAAUGAGAUGAAAACGUAAUGGUUUUGUUGUUCUGCGAAGCAAGAUCUCUCUCUCCUCUCUCUCUCUCUCUCUCUCUCUCUC